CCUGAAGUCCAACUCAAUUGUUGGUGUGUCAGAAGGAUCAGUCAUGGGAUUGCUGCUGCCGAUCCUUCUUGCGGUUAUCACAGCGCUGGUGGGAGGCUUGUAUCUUCUUGGGGUUUUCCGCCAGCGCAGACCAGGAGAGCCCCCACUGGAUAAGGGGCUCAUCCCUUGGCUGGGCCAUGUUUUGGAGUUCCGCAGGGACACACUGACGUUCCUGGAUAAAAUGCAGAAGAAGCAUGGUGAUGUGUUCACCAUCCAGUUGGGCGGCUACUAUUUCACCUUCCUCCAGGACCCACUGUCUUUUGGGCCGUUUGUUAAGGAGAGCCGAGAAAAACUGGACUUCAAUAAUUUUGCCAAGUUUCUGGUGGCCAGGGUCUUCAAAUACUGGUCUGUCGAGCAUGAGCAUAGCUUUCUCCAGCAGUCCAGCAACAAGCACCUGAAGGGGGAUGGCCUGGAGGUCCUCACGCAGUCCAUGAUGAGCAACCUGCAAAACCUGAUGUUGCACAACAUUGGCAGAGCUUCUGAGGGGGUGGAGAAGGCCUGGAUAGAGGACGGACUCUUCAUGUACUGCUACAACAUUGUCUUCAGGGCUGGCUACCUGUCCUUGUUUGGCAACGUGCCCCCCAAAUCUGAAGACGGGGAGAAGAAAGCCAAAGAGAAAGACAGAGCUGAAUCUGAGGUUUUGUUUCACCAGUUUCGUAAAUACGACGUUCUCUUUCCAGACUUGGCGUAUGGGGUCCUGCCUCCAAAGAAGAGACUAGAAGUUCAGUGGCUGUUGGACUACUUCUGGAAUGUCCUGUCAGUAGGCAAGGUAAAAACAAAGGACAACAUCAGCGGCUGGGUGUUGGACAUGCAGCAGUUUCGUGAGGAGAAGGGCAUGGAUGAGUCCAUGAUCACCAGGUACAUGUUUCUCCUCCUUUGGGCCUCGCAAGGCAAUACGGGCCCGUCCUCUUUCUGGCUGCUCCUCUACCUCAUGAAGCACCAGGACGCCAUGGCGGCCGUCAAGGAUGAGGUAGAUCAGAUAGUGCGAGAAUCCGGCCAGGAAGUCACACGCGGUGGGCCCUUACUGAACUUGACGAGAGACAUGCUGCUGAAGACCUCCAUCCUGGACAGUGCCGUAGAGGAGACCCUUCGUCUCACCACCGCACCCCUCCUCACCAGAGCUGUGCUCCAGGACAUGACACUAAAGAUGGCUGAUGGCCGGGAGUUUCUCAUCCGCAAGGGGGACAGGGUGUCAGUUUUCCCUUACGGCGGUGUCCACAUGGACCCAGAAAUCCACCCCGACCCAAAGUCCUUCAAAUACAACCGAUUCCUCAAUGCGGACGGGAGCAAGAAGUCGGAUUUUUACAAAAACGGCAAGAAGGUGAAGUACUACAGCAUGCCCUGGGGAGCCGGGGUGUCCAUCUGUCCGGGUCGCUUUUUCGCCACCAACGAGCUCAAACAGUUUGUGUUCCUCAUGCUGGUCUACUUUGAGUUUGAGCUGCUGGAUCCCGAGCAGAAGAUCCCGGGAAUAAACGUCAAGCGGUUGGGGUUUGGAGCAAUGCACCCCGAAAACGAUGUUCAGUUUCGAUACAGACUCAGAUAUUAAAACCACCAUCAAAUCCUUUUAAUCAGCUCUCACUGAGCACUCUAUUUGCACCAUUCCUCAGUGGCACUACCUGCAUUUAUAUGCUACGCACUAGAAUAUCCACUUUUGUGUUAUUGCUGUGUACAUUAAUCAGAAAUCAAUGCUAUUUUGCCAUAAAUAAUCUCACACUGUUCUGACACUGAUUCUUCUGCAGCAGUUAUAAUGACCCUCUUUGACUCCAUGAUUUGUCAUGAGAAACAUGUGCACAAUGACCCUUGACUCACACACUGUGGGACCAAUUUACACACUUGGAAAUACGGUAUAUUGUAGUUCAAGUUUGAAGUACUUGCUAAAGAAUGUAUUUGGAGUGUCGCAUCUGGUACUUUAAUGAGAUUGCAUUUUCUGGCAUGUAUAAUUCCCCAUAUGUUCCAGGAAUGUGCGAGGCACCAAUGGCAAGAGUUCAAUGAGUUCUAUCAGUUGAGACAACUAUAAGACAGUAAAUCAGUUUCAAUAAAUCCUCACAAACACACACAUAGGGAGACCCUGGGAAGACAAUCUCACUGUGGCCCUGAGAAUCCUCUAGACUCUCCAGAUGUGGGCAAUGUUUGGGGAAAAUGCCUCCAAGAUGCUAGACAUGACGCUUGCUGGUUGUAAUAAAGUUAUCUUUGCUCAGCUGGUUUUCCUCAUCUGUAAUAUGUGUGUGUGUGUGUGUGUGUGUGUGUGUGUGUGUAUGUAUAUAUACAGUGGUGUGUGAAAAAGUGUUUGCCUCCUUCCUGCUUUCUUUUUUUUUUCCAUUUUUGUCACACUUAAAUGUUUCAGAUCAUCAAACAAAUUUAAAUGUUAGUCAAUGACAACACAACUGAACCCAAAAUGCAGUUUUUAAAUGAAAGUUUUUAUUAUUAAGGGAGAAAAAGAAAUCCAAACCUACAUGGCCCUAUGUGAAAAAGUGAUUGCUCCCUAAACUGGUUGGGCCACCCUGAGCAGCAACAACUGCAAUCAAGCGUUUUUCAACAACUUAUAAGUCUCUUACAGCACCAUGGAGGAAUUCUGGCCCACUCAUCUUUGCAGAAUUAUUGGAAUUCAGCCACGUUGGAGGGUUUUCUAGCAUAAAACACCUUUUUAAAGGGAUAGUUGGGAUUUUUUGACAUGAAGUUGUAUGACAUCCCCAUCAGCAGUGUAGUCCAGCAACAGCUACUCAUCCCCCACUUCUGUCCAAUUCUGGUUGGAUUUUGAUGUUGAAGAACGUAUUUCCGCUUAGUUGCUGGGGACAUUUAAGCAAAGUGUUUAAAAGAGUAAUACAUUUGCAUCACAAAAAUGCCUUCUCAAAAAAAUCUGACCUCACAAAAUGCUUGGUGUUAUAUUUGUCUCCCUCCAUGUCCCU